AGAAGUGAACCGGGCAUGAAUUUGAAUAGGACCCAAAGAAAAUGUGGGGAAUUGCCGCUGGAAACCCUACACAGUCGAUAAAAGCAUAUAAAACCCAUCUUCUAUGCCUAUGCCUACGGUUGAUCGGUUGUUUUUGUGAGCGAAUCACAUUCCUCCAAUUGCAGGAAUUUACGAUCAAAACAAGAAGAAGAAGAAGAUAUAGAAAGGGAUUAUGGGGUUUCUUUCAAACAAAAUCGAAAGGAAUGAGAUCAAAGCAGGCGACCACAUCUACACUUACAGAGCCGUCUUUGCUUACUCUCACCAUGGCAUCUAUGUUGGAGGUAACAAAGUGGUCCAUUUUACCAGGGAUCCUGAGAAAAGCUCUUUUGCUUCUGAUGACAUUAUAAUGUCUAAAACAACCUCAACAAGAUGUAAAGCAUAUGCAGACUGUGGAUUUAGAGGACCUGGAAGUGGAGUUGUGAUAUCCUGCCUGGACUGCUUCCUCCAAAAUGGGGCCCUCUAUCGGUUUGAAUCCACAGUCUAAGCAAAGCUGAAUUCUGUGCCAAAGUACGAGGUGGCAGUUGCACGACUGCCAAGUCAGAUGAUGAAGCGGAUACAGUCAUCCACAGAGCCAUGUAUCUGCUUCAUAAUGGAUUUGGGGAUUAUUAUGUGUUUAGGAACAACUGUGAGGACUUUGCUUUAUAUUGCAAGACAGGGGUUUUGAUUGUUGAAAAGGAGGCUGGGUCAGGGUGGGGAAGAAGUGGACAGAUUUCAUCUGUAUUGGGUGUUCCGUGGUUGUUACUGUGACAGCUGGCAUGUAUUGCCUCACCAGAUACGCAACUGAUAUUGGAGUUAGAGAUGAUGUUGUCAAGGUAAAUGUGGAGGAUUUGGGGGUCAAGAUCAAUCAUCUAAAACAACAAAAAUGAAAUUUUUACAUUUAUUUAUUAUUAUUUGGAUUUGAUGGAUAUGGUUUGUGGAUUGUUGCAGG